AUGGAAAAGAGAAAUCGCGAAAUUGAUGAGUUGCAUAAGUUACUAAAAUCUGAGACGGCAAAAGUCGAUGACACGUCGAAACGUCUGAAGGAGUUGGAAAAGCUGAAAGCUAAAGAAGCCGAAGACUGGAAGGAAAAGGAGAAGAAAAUGAUGAUGGAUAUCGAAGCUGAAGCAACCCGAUCGAGACAAUUAGUCGACCAAGUCACCUCCAAACUAAAGCUGCAAGAGGACGAAAAUAAGAAACUCAUUAAUCAGAAGAAAGCCCAGGAAAUGGCGAAUUCAGACUUAAUGGCUAAUCUUAGCGUUUUGCAAGAGAAGUGUGACAAAGCAGAAAAAGAAAGAAGUAGAAUGAAAGAAGAUUUGGAAUCUCUGGAAGAAAAGUUCUCGGCGGAAGUCAGGCACAACAGUGAAUUCACCAAGGCCAAUAAAAAACUCGAAACACAGCUGAAAUCGCUACGAGGUCAGCUCGAGAUUGUUCAGAAAGAGAAACACCAACUAGAUGUCGACUGUAAACGACGCGAGGAAAACAUCGGAGAACUGAAACGACAAGGCGCCAGCGACGCGAAUCUGAUCGCUAAACUGCAGGCGAACAUUUGGAAGCUCAUCAAGCGAAUCGAAGAGCUCGAGGAUGAGUUGGAAAUCGAAAGAAAGGCCAGAAUUAAGGCCGAGCGUCUUCGCAUGGAUUUACAAGACGAUUUCGACACCGUUCAGCAGCAAAUGCAAGAAGCCAGUGGCCAGCUUACAGCCCAGCUGCACCUCAACAGCAUUCGCGCAGAGGAGGUAUCGAAUUUGCAACGAGAAAUCCAUAAGAAGAAUAUCAAUCGUGAAUUGUGCAUCGCUGACAUCUGUUCGAUGCAGUACAUCACCGUAAACAAACUGAGGACACUAAGCCAACAGGUAUGA